AUGUUCCUGCCCGUGGCUUGCCGGCAGGUAUCUCUCGACUUGCAAGCAGUUGAGCGUGCGCUGCCAGAGCAGGACAUCUUCAGAGCAGCCUCCCCAUCCAAGUCGCCCCGCCUUGCGCAUUGUGCACGUGGACAUCGCUUGAGGGCUGGCCUGGCAUGCGCUGUGCUCUCGGCCACCGCGAGCUGCCUGUCUGGGAUCGUGGCUUUCAGCACGUGGGAGCCAACGACGAUUCAGCAACAGCCGAGCCAUCGCAACCACCCCUCCAGCUUUGCCGUUGUGCUAGACGCAGGAAGCACCGGGACGCGGGUGCACGUCUACUGUUUUGCCAGAGGCGGCGUUUGUUCCUUUGGCAGCGAAGUGGUGAGGAAGACACAACCCGGCCUCAGUUCCUGCACGGAGCCGGCUUGCCUGUCGACCCUCCUGCUGCCACUCCUAGACGAAGUGACUCUCAGAGUGCCUCACGAUCUGCUGUCCACAACCCCACUUGCCGUUCGGGCAACGGCAGGCUUUCGCCUUCUGAGCUCUUCUCAAGUCGACUUCCUCCUGGAUGGAAUUCAGACGCUUGUGCGGCAGUAUUCGCUGCUGAACUCCACGGUUGAGGUGAUGAGUGGGGUGGACGAGGGCUGCUUUCAAUGGAUUGCCGUCAACAGUUUGCUCGGGGCCUUUGAAGCUGCAGGUGCACCAGCUGCAGUUUUCGAGUUGGGUGGCGCGUCCGCGCAGAUGACGUAUGCAGUCCAACCCUUCCGGCUUGCGAAAGUCAGCCAAGACCUUCAAGCCGCUUACAUCCGCGAGCUUUAUCCUCCAGGCUCGACAGACUCCAUUCCGAUCUACCAGCAUAGCUACCUGGGCUACGGGAUCCUGGCCAUCCGAACGAAGUUGUUCCAGGAGGCUAUCUCGCUCCAAGUGUCCGAUGCAAACCCCUGUCUACCCACGUCCCACAUCAUGGAGUAUACCUCCAAGGAAGGCACAUUCAAAGGCCGCGGCGCCGCGGACCAAGACAGAUGUGCGGAGCUCUUCAGGAGGAUCCUACAGCCCGGCCGAUCGUGUUCACAGGAGACCGCCCCGGAAGACGUGCACUGCGCCUUUGCAGGAGCUUGGCCUGGUCCAGGCUACAAGUCUUCCCUGGCUACCGGUGGCCGGCCAAAGCUUGUGGCCUGCUCCUUCUUCUUCUGGUGCCUGCAGGAUGUCGGCAUCAUUCCCGCAAAUGCGUCGAAUGCGGAAGUCACGCCUCAGGUGUACUUCGAACAGGCGCAGAAGGCAUGCAGCCUGUCGGCCACGGAGCUGGACACAGCUUAUCCAGGCUUGAGCGCUGAGCGGGCUUCCUGGCUAUGCUCUGAAAUAACCUACGUCUACGUCCUGUUGACCUUUGGCUUCGGUGUUGAGGCAGACGCCAACAUGAUGGUCCUAAAGGAAAUGGAUGGCCCUGCUGGCCGCUUUGCGGCUAGUUGGACUCUUGGACUUGCCCUCGAAAUCUCGCGGGGCCGGAUGAGGCCGCCGCCCUGA